AGCGUGUGUCUGUGACGUCACAAAACGAUCAGUCAGAGAAAUAUGUCGGCGUGCUAGAGGAACAAGUGAUAGUUAUUGUGUAAAAAAAGUAUUGGUUUUUGCGGUAUUCAAAAUUAAAUAACUAAUUUCAAAAAGGACCAAUUUCAAAUUGUAAUUAUGGCGUCACAUAUUAUUGGUAAACCAGAAUAUAUAGUCGGAGGAAAAUAUCGUUUAGUUCGCAAAAUCGGUAGUGGAUCUUUUGGUGACAUAUACUUGGGUAUUAAUAUCACAAAUGGAGAGGAAGUAGCUGUAAAACUGGAAUCAAUUAGGGCAAGACAUCCUCAACUUUUAUAUGAAAGUAAAUUAUAUAAAAUUCUUCAUGGUGGCAUAGGAAUACCACAUAUCAGAUAUUAUGGCCAAGAAAAAGAUCAUAAUGUUCUCGUCAUGGAUCUGCUGGGUCCAUCGCUUGAGGACUUGUUCAACUUUUGUUCACGCAGGUUCACUAUAAAAACAGUUUUAAUGCUGGCAGACCAGAUGAUCGGCCGCAUUGAGUAUGUCCACUGCAAGUCAUUCAUCCACCGCGAUAUAAAACCGGAUAAUUUUCUCAUGGGCAUAGGCCGCCAUUGCAAUAAACUUUUCCUCAUAGAUUUUGGUUUAGCGAAAAAAUUCAGGGACGCCCGAACUAGAAUGCACAUUGGGUAUCGUGAAGAUAAAAACUUAACUGGCACAGCCCGAUACGCCUCCAUCAAUGCUCAUCUCGGCAUAGAACAGUCCCGCAGAGAUGAUAUGGAAUCCUUAGGAUAUGUAUUAAUGUAUUUUAACAGGGGUUGUUUACCCUGGCAGGGUCUAAAAGCAGCCACAAAGAAGCAAAAAUAUGAAAAGAUAAGUGAGAAGAAAAUGUCCACACCAGUCGAAGUACUUUGCAAGGGUUUCCCUGCAGAGUUUUCCAUGUACCUGAACUACUGCCGCGGCCUGCGGUUUGAAGAAGCUCCCGAUUACAUGUAUCUUCGACAGCUGUUCCGUAUUCUGUUCCGCACACUUAAUCACCAAUACGAUUACACAUUCGACUGGACCAUGUUGAAGCAAAAGGCAGCAGCUACCGGCGGAGCCGUCGGUGCUUCUACCCAGCCGCAGACAUCACAAGCAAUAGCUCAGCAACCAGCGAACCGUGACAAAAAAGAUGAUGAAAAGAACAAGCAGAAUUCUGCUAAAGGUAAUCGUUAACGCAUCUCAUACAACUUGCAUCGUCUGGGCUAAGACUAACUUCGCAUCUGUUUGGUCAAAAGAUGGUCUUUUGUCAAAAGGCAUCUGACUUUUAUAUAUAAAAUUAAAUUUUUAUUAUAAGUGAGCAUAUACGAAUUAUAAUUUACUUUAUCUACCCGUCGUUUAAACGGAUAUUGUAUAAAAUAUAAAAUUGCAAAAAAUAUAAUAAAGUGGGAUAUCGGCCACUUACAAAUAGGCCGCUUAUCUUUGAAAAUGUAUGUAAGUAUUUGAUGAAGUGCGUGAGUGAAUGCAAGUCAGGCUGUAUUAUUUAACUAUUCAUAAGAGUAGGUUGUAACAUACAAGUCGGAUUCGAGAUAAUAAGUGAGUACCGUAAUGUCAAUGUGAAAUUCCUAUGGGGCCUCCGUAAGAAGAGCUACAUUAUAAAAUACCUGCGGAUGUGAUCUUGACGGUAUUUUCAAUAAAGCAUUAUUUUUAUAAUGUGGCGUGUUGAAAUGAUGGUGUUAUUGUAUUUGUUUAUUAAUCACGAACUGAUAUUUAUAAGGAUGUGAAUUGUGUUGUUUGAAUGCGGUCUCAUAUAAGGUGUUUUUUUCUCAUUUUCUAGAAUUUUUUAUUGUUCUCAUUGUCUCAGGGCCGCAAUUAAACAGUGCAAUAAAUAAUUAGCUUUCAUGAUAACCGUGGUAAAGCUGUUUUGUAACAUUUUACAAAAGACCUUUAUCGGUGAGUGAAACCAUUACCGAAACCUUUUAAGAUCAUUAAUUUUGAAUCGAACUACCACAAGAUUGCCAAAGAUAAAGGAAACAAUUAUUUCAGAAAUAAAAUUUUUGUGAUAGAGAACGUCCUGUUACUACUUUUGUGUUAGGUUGAUUACUUGUUAUCAAUAGAUAAAGGUUACUGUGAUUGGUUUUCAAGGCCAUCCAUUCUUUAACUCGUUUUUGUAACUUAAUUUAAUAAUCUAAAACUGUACAUUUUUCCAUAGUUGCCACCCUAGCAACUGCUAUGGUAAUGUUUUUUAACAUCCAGAAUUAAUGUAAAAUCAAUGUGUGUACUAUUAUUAAAAUUGUAAAUUUAGUUUUAUUGUUAUUCGUGUAACAUUAUGAUUUUUCUCAUUUAUUUUUAGCAGUUAUACAAUACAAUAGUUCUUUUAGGCAUCUGCCAAUAUUUUAAGUUAAUAACAGUGCUCGACAUUUGUAAUUGAACUGUUACAAUGAGGUAUUGCAAGAAUAAAACUUAAAAGGAAAA